GCUGGCUUGGCUGUGGCCAAGAGGGAAAACAGAGAGAGGAUUUCUCUCUCUCUCACUCUGACCACUCUCAAUCUCAUGCCAUGACAGCCUGUCAUAUGAAAAUUCAUGAAUCAAUCCUUCCUCCCUCUGUCUGGUCUUUUUGGGGUAUAUAUUCCAAUUUGGUUUCAUUUCCCAAAAAAAAAAAAAGUUUUUUUAUUUCCUUUUUGUUGGGUCUUCUCUGUUCUUUCUUCUUCUUCUUCUUCCUCCUCUCCUUCGAUAUCGUGCGCUCUGAGAUUCCUUCCCUCAUUCCCUCCCGACUGAUCUUCCUAUACCAUCAUGAGUCUGUUCGGUCUUGGAAGCAGAAACCAGAAGACAUUUCGGCCUAAAAAGAGUGCUCCCUCCGGAAGUAAGGGCGCUCAACUUCAAAAACACAUUGAUGCCACACUGGGCAGCGGAAACCUCAGAGAAGCCGUACGACUCCCUCCGGGAGAAGAUAUUAAUGAGUGGUUGGCCGUAAACACCGUGGAUUUCUUCAAUCAAGUCAACAUCUUGUAUGGAACUCUGACGGAAUUUUGCACCCCAACUAAUUGUCCUACGAUGUCCGCUGGAGCAAAAUACGAGUACAGAUGGGCUGAUGGAGUUACAAUUAAGAAACCAAUAGAGGUGUCUGCCCCAAAAUAUGUCGAAUACUUGAUGGACUGGAUCGAAGCACAACUAGAUGAUGAGUCAGUUUUCCCUCAAAAAUUAGGAGCACCAUUCCCAAGCAAUUUCAAGGAUGUUGUGAAGACGAUCUUUAAGCGGUUGUUCCGAGUGUAUGCUCACAUAUAUCACUCUCAUUUCCAGAAGAUUGUGAGUCUCAAAGAGGAAGCUCAUCUAAACACUUGCUUCAAGCAUUUCGUUCUCUUCACUUGGGAAUUCCGUUUGAUCAACAAGGAGGAGCUAGCACCUCUUUAUGAUCUCGUCGAAUCUAUUUUGCAGUUGUAGUUCUGGGGAAUUCCCGGUUUCCCAUAGUUUUGUGUUUCGCUUUUCUGCCUUUUGUUUCCUGAUCUGAACAUAAUAGAUUGCCAUUUUUGUGAACUUCAGUUUGCCCGUUCUGCUUUCUUCUCCUCUCAUUUCUUGCUUUUUUUUUUUUCUUUUUUCUGGGGUUGAUCUUCGUGGGCAUAAAAAUUAUUUCUCUGGGUGCAAUUUAGUUUCGCUCUUCUGAUUAACUCAAGUGUAAAUCCACAGAAUUAUAUCAUUCAUUAUUGUAGUUCUUCCUGCACUUCAUUUACA